AAAUUUGACCAAAUCAUUGACUUGUGUUUGGCUUUAUCUUCCUUUGUCUUGGAGAAGAUGUCCACAUUUCACAACAUGCAAAAUUAUGAAAUUCUAUGUGAAAAUAUCUGAUAAAAGUGGCCAGCAGUGGGUCUAACAUGGUUGAAAAAUCUCAAUUAUUUGCAAUUGUUAUGCUGACUUUGGUAAGUGAUUGUGAUGUUUUAUUUGCCAAAAUAGAUAGAAGUGUUAGGCCUUCUAUUAUUGGAGAGCGUUGAUAUAGUCUUUUUGAGACUGCUUUUUAGCUUCAAUGUGUUUGUCUACAAGUUUUCGUGAGUUUUACGUGCUAUUUGAAUUAAGUUGUGUGCUAUUUGAGUAAAGUUUUUCCCCUUUUUCUUUUGAAUGAAUCAAUUUCAUUGUGUUCUGCAAUAAAAAAUGUGCAAGAUGACAGCCGCCUCAUAUGGCUUUUUUCUUCUUUUCUGGCUACUCCUGAAUUUCAUCUUAACUGCCUCUACUGCUCAGGAUACUAUUACUGUAAACCAGUCUCUCCAAGAUGGUAAGGUCCUUGUUUCUGCAAAUGGGAACUUCGAGUUAGGAUUCUUCAGUCCUGGUAGUGGCAGUAGCUCAAGAAGAUAUGUCGGAAUCUGGUUUAAGAAAAUCCCAGUUCAGACUGUUGUUUGGGUUGCCAAUCGAAACUUUCCGCUUCUUGAUUCUUCUGGUGUUCUUCAGUUCAACAAUAAAUCUGUUUUGGUACUUGCAAAUGGCGCGGGAGGAUUUGUUUGGUCUACUAAUUCAUCGAGAUCAGGAUUGAAUCCAGUUGCACAGCUUUUGGAUUCAGGAAAUCUUGUUGUCAGAGACCAGAAUGAUGGUAACCUUGACAAUUUCUUGUGGCAGAGUUUUGAUUAUCCCUGCGAUUCCCAGUUACCGGGAAUGAAGUUGGGAAGAGACCUUGUUACUGGGUUUGACAGGUUCCUUACUUCCUGGAAAAGCAGUGAUGAUCCUUCCCCAGGUAGCUAUACAUAUCGGAUUAAUCCUCAAGGAUACCCACAACCGUUCCUUAUGAAAGACGGCGUUGUGCAGUUUCGUGAUGGUCCAUGGAAUGGUGUUUGGUUUUCCGGUACUGCCAGGUUGCCAACUGAUUCUACUCAGGUAUAUAAAUUUGUUUUCAAUAACAGGGAGGUGUCGUAUGUCUAUGAGCUCAUCAACAUCUCAAUCAUCACUAACAGAAUUGUAAACCCUUAUGGAAAUAUUCAACGUCAAGAAUGGAAUAAUCAUACACAAGGGUGGGCAACAUUUUACUCAAAACCAAUUGAUAAUUGUGAUACUUAUGGGGUGUGUGGUGCAUUUAGUAGUUGUAACCUUGUAAAAUCUCCUCAAUGUCAAUGCAUGAAAGGAUUUGUGCCCAAGUCCUCCACAAAUUGGAAUGCAGGGAGUUGGAGUGAUGGGUGUGUUCGUAGUGCUUCGUUGAAUUGCAGUGUCAGUGACGGAUUCAUUAAGUAUGCCAAUGUUAAGCUGCCUGAUACAAGAUAUUCCUGGUAUAACAUGACAAUGACUCUUGAUGAGUGCAGGGGCAAAUGCUUGCAAAACUGCUCUUGCGUGGCUUAUGCUAAUAUAGAUGUAACCAAUGGAGGAAUUGGCUGCUUGUUGUGGAUUGAUACCGUGAUUGACGUGAAAGUUAUACCUGGUUCAGGACAAGAUCUUUAUGUAAAGGUGCCAUCUUCAGAGUUGGGAGGGAAUAGGAAAAAACGGGUAUGGAUUGCUGUGAUUUCCAGUAUUUUUGCUUUUAUGUCUCUCUGUGGAGUUGCAAUUUUUAUUGUGUGGAGAAGGAGGCGGAAGAGAGCAGAAAAAUGCACUUCCAGCAGAAGAUUCACCAUAAAUAACAACAGUGAACGAGAAUCUGAGCUGCCAAUAUAUGCUUUUGAUGUGAUUGCCAAAGCUACAGACCAUUUUUCCUUUUCUAACAAACUUGGAGAGGGUGGCUUUGGACCUGUAUACAAGGGAGUGCUGAGCAAUGGACAAGAAAUAGCUGUGAAAAGGCUCUCUAAAGAUUCAAGACAAGGACUGGAUGAAUUCAAAAAUGAGGUUAUAUUCAUUGCAAAGCUUCAGCAUCGAAAUCUUGUGAAACUUAUGGGAUGUUGCAUUGAAGCAGAUGAGCGGUUGCUUAUCUAUGAAUAUAUGCCCAAGAAAAGUUUGGAUUGCUAUAUCUAUGACCCAACAAGCAUUGACUUACUAGAUUGGCCAAAGCGCUUAGAGAUCAUUAUGGGGAUUGCUCGUGGACUUCUAUAUCUUCAUCAAGAUUCUAGACUGAGAAUUGUUCAUCGAGACCUCAAAGCGAGCAAUAUUUUACUAGAUUCUCAGAUGAAUCCCAAAAUUUCUGAUUUUGGUCUGGCUAGAUCUUUCAUUGGAAACGAAGAUGAGGCACAAACAAAGCGAGUAGUUGGAACAUAUGGCUACAUGCCUCCUGAAUACACUGUCGACGGAUUAUUUUCAGUGAAAUCUGAUGUCUUCAGCUUUGGAGUAUUAAUUCUCGAGAUAGUGAGUGGCAAGAAAAAUAGAGGGUUUAAUCAUCCAGACCACCAUCAUAAUCUUCUUGGACAUGCAUGGAUGCUUUUCAAAGAAGAUACAGCUUUGGAUGUAGUUGAUCCGUUGAUUAGGAACUCAAGUUAUGCACCCCAAUUGCAAAGAAUGAUUCACAUUGGCUUGCUAUGUGCUCAGCAACAUCCAGAUGAUAGGCCAAGCAUGUCAGUCGUUACUGUCAUGUUAAGCGGUGACUCUAGAUUACCUGAUCCUAAAGAACCUGGCUUCUUUGUGGCAAGGAAUUUGCCACUGGAAUCAGUUUCUGGCAAAACUCAAUCAAGCUCCAAUUAUGAAUCUGUAUCAUUGCUAGUUGGGCGGUAGGGUGGUGUAAUUCAAUAUAGAAUCAAACUUAGAAUUCAUUUUUAAUCUUCAACCAUGGAUAUUAAGAAACUACUGAAUUACUGAGAUUCCAAAAGCUGAAGAAUGCUCCUUACAACAAGUCAUCCUAGGUGGGAACCUUAUUGGAGACAUCAGAGAGGAUGAGCUGGAGAAGAAUGUGCUUGCAAGUAGCUGUUUCAAGGAGAGUAAAUAGGUCUUUCUGAGUUUCAUUGCAUAGGAACCAGGAAAGUUCUUACCCAUUGGAAAUUUAAGCCAAUUUGUUUUUGCACACCUAGUUUUGGUUCACAUCACUUUCACUGCUUCACUGUACAAAAAUUAGUUUAGGCUCCACUAGAUGUAAAAGUGAUGUGAUCAAUGAUGAUGUUCAAUAGUAAAUAACAAGUUUAUUUGAUUUGAUGGCCUUAAUUUCUCUCC